AUGAGGCGAACCGAUAGAGCGGCAGCUACGCUCGAAAAGCUUCGAGAGGUGAACCACAUCCAUCAGAUUAACGAUAUGCAGGUGCAGCAGCUCCAGGCUGCCCGCCAGCUGAAUCUGAUUAACGAACCGACCGAGGCAUCACGCUUCCAGCGGCGGCAGCCACUGAUAGCGAUGCGUGUCUCGUGCAGGCUUCAGACGUCAAUGUCGGCCAGAGAGCUGGGGGUUCAACAAAGGACCUUUGCUCCUGCAUUCCUGACGCAGGUCGAUGAGGGCGAUACCGAUGAACGUCUGUCACUAAGGCCAUUGCAGACGCCAAAUACAAUCCGUAAAAGCGUAUCUUCUGAUCACACAGAACCAUUACGAAGUCGGGCGGUUUCGUCCUCGUUAGUGAGCAGCAAGGACGAAAACGAAUACGGAAACGAGGUGGUCAAGACGAGGUUCGACAAAAGCAUCGAAGAGAUGAGAGCCAAACUCGAGAUGCUCAAAGCUGGAGAGUCAUUUGCUUUCCUCGUGUCUGUCAAGGAGCGCGAGUCCGAGAACGUCCAGAGGCUCCUUACAAAGACGAAGGCGGAGUUUCUGAGCCGUAUGGAUAUCUGCAAUCGACAGAGGGAGGUGCUCGAAUCCAGGCGGGACCGAUUUAAGCAGCUGAUUCUGACUUGUAGUCGGCUGCUACAGCGGAAUAUCGAAAAGGCACACCAGAGCAUGAAACUAUCUACAGCAAACAUAUGGACCAUUCGGCAAGCAGACGAAAAGAUCUCCCUGUUAACAAUGAAAAUAGCUCAGAUGGAGGCAAAGUGCCGUCACGUGGAGCAAGCGGCAAUGAAGCUAGCGCCCAUCAAGGUCGCGCUCAAGGCGGUUGGGGGAGCCUGCCUUAUUGCAACGGUUAUACCACACUGCAGUUCUAACUCUGGUGCGAAGGCAACUUCUGCCGCGGAGAGACGACGCGUCCGGCGUGCCCUCGAAUAUGCAGAAAAUCUAAACGCCUUUCUGUUGUUCAUCCGCUUUGUCAUCGAUCGUCCGACUCCGCCAGAACGUCUGGAACGCAACCGGCUGCAGUGCAACGAGCGUCAGCUGCAAGGCUCCAACGUUAUCUUGAACAUGGCAUCCCGAUCAGGCGAGCUCCAGAAUCACGUAGACAGACUGCGGCAAAAUCGGCAAGAACUUGAGCAGGCUGUCGCUACCGCGACUGAGGAAAUUUCCAGCGACACGGCCGCGAUAGGAGCCAUCUGCGCGAGUGUCCAAGUCCUGCACACGCGCCUUCAUCAAUCGCGCUUCGCUCCGCGGACAUACACUCUGGAAGAACCGAGCGCGAGCUUCCCUGGUUCGAAAAAGAACGCUGCUCCCCUUUCGCGGUUCCUGGAUGUUCUGCAAGCUAUCGAGCAGCUCAAGCAGAUAGCCGACCUGGCAUACAAAUACAAAGCUAUGAUCUGGGAAGCCGACACCGAAAGAGAGAAGCUUCGAAGGCGAGCGCAGCGUGCGGUGCAAGACGUCCACUCCGCAUCAGCGUCGCCUCUCGGGCGCACUCCGCAUAGGCGUGGUCGCCUGGCAGGAAUACGACCCGAAUGCAGAGGUUCCCCGUCGGGGUCCAUCCGGGCUGCUGCGACUCUUCCGCGAGCAAGUUCCUGCCGCAUCAUUACCAAGGCGGACAGCCACUCGACGCCACCUGGAGAGAGCGGCAGGAGCAGUCCAAAAUCUUCCCUUCUCGCGCACCGACGUCUAUCGGUUGGACUCCGAAAUCUUUCUGCCGUCACCGAAGAUGGCGCAGUCGAAUUCGUUUUCAUUCCCCCGAGCGCGGGCCAGAACCGCGCACCCCCGCACACUCCGGACAAGGUACGCAGCACCGCCUUGUGCAGUACUUCGGUCAGCCGCCUUCAGGCAACCAGCGGUUCACAGCUGCAUUUCAGGCGUCGCUCAAAGCAGACGCUGGCGUCGACGAACAAGACCGAAUCAAGCCAGUCAGCCGCGCUGUCGAACGCUCGCACAGCUGGCCAGAAAUCUUCAUGGGUCCUCUCGAGCAACGUUACCGCAUCCCCGACGGGGCGGAGUGCCUCACAGAGAACACGGCAAUCUUUUGCGAUCCUGACAGCGAAAGCGCGUAGAAAAAACACGACAGCCACCGAGCAGGCUCCUUCACCAAAGAGGGGCUCGUCUCGACGAACAACGGCGUGGACAAAGGCUGCGCUGCAACAACAGAGAAGACGAGAGAGCAUGCUGCAGAUGCUACCACAGUGCCGUGCUCUUGGUCGGAGUGCAGCCGGCAAGCGAAGCACAAGCUCGCCUGCCGCAAAUGCUCAAAAGCCCAAGCUUCUUCAUCCGUCCUGCGGCCGACUAACAGACGGACUGCAGAAACUCGUGCUGCCCAGAUGA